UCUCGGAAGUCUGCGCCUGUCUACGAAAUAUCUGCAAGCAGACAGGUCAGCCUUGAAGCUUCAUCACUGUUUCAUUAUAAUAACCUUACAAUUCUUGAUGAUUUCUAUCAUUUCCUUAAUCUCCAUGAAAAAUUCCUGCCAAUUCCCUCAAAACCCCCAUUUUCCACGCAGUUUCCCUUUUCAAAACCCUAAUUUUCGCCCUCAAUUUAUUGUUUACGGACUCCUCACCGGUUUUUUCUUCCGAUGAUUCCCAAUAUAUGAUGAAAACUGCUUCCAUUGCGUUGUUCUUUCUCAUUUUCUUCCAGAAUUCGAGGAUCUAAUGGACUUCCAAGAUAAAGAUUCGUCCAUGGCGGUUUCCAGAACCUCGAAUUCGUAUAUCAAUGGCCCUUCCUUAAGCCAUUCUGCUUGGUUGGAGGUUCGCCUCUUCUACGUUCGGAUUUCUCCCUGUGUGAUUGAUAGCGUUCCUGAUCAUCUUAAUCUGCGGCACCUUCGUCGCGAAAUUGGUGUUUCCCUUGAAAUUAAUGGUUCUCAAAUUCCGGCCUCUGAUUCCGUUUCUAUCGCCCUCCGUCGUGAUCGGCUCAGCAAGGAAACAUCGGAGGUUACGUACGUUAGCACGGACAGUAUUCGGGUUACCGGCGGUGUGGAGUUCGAGGUGUAUGAGAAUGAGGAUUUGAUUCUCUGUGGGUCUUUGGAACGAAUGGAGGCCAAUUGGGUUAAUGGGAGCAUUGGAUUGGAGAACAAUUCGAAGACAGGUUGGACUAUGGACUGUUUUAUGGCUGCGUCCAUGUGUUCGGGUUCGUCGGCCUUCUUCCGGCCUAAACUUGGGGUUUCUUCGCCGGCAAUCGAGGUUUAUAUCGCCGGUUGUUGCUCCGGUAUGCCUGUGAUCUUGACGAAGACGAUUCUGGUCAGUCCGAGGCGGAAGAACCAGAGGCAGGGUGUCCUGGAUGCAAUUCCGGAGGAUGAAGAAGUUGGGAAGGAGGAGAAUGGAACUAAUGGAUUGAUCCAGCACCAAAAAGUGCAGAUGUCAGAGUCUGAAGUUGAUGGUUAUGACUCAUAUGGUAAAAUGGGGCAUGGUUUCUACCGUGAUGAUAUGUACACUGGCGAAGAUGGGCAGCUCUCAUGGUUUAAUGCUGGUGUUAGAGUGGGUGUUGGCAUUGGUCUUGGAGUGUGCCUUGGAGUGGGAAUUGGGGUUGGCUUGCUCAUGCGUUCAUACCAAACCACAACGAGACAUUUUAGACGACGGUUUAUGUAAUUAGGAUAUCGUUACUCGGGAAUCUGGAAACUGUUAUACUAGUGAAUAUACAAUAAAAGGGAUGAGAUUUUCGGGUUCCCGAUGGUUAAGUCUAAACAUAACAUAAGAUAACGCAGGCAAGAAGGCGCUAAGUUUUAGGACUUUGAACAGAAUCAAGAAAUCAGUGAUAGCCUCUCCAGGAUGUUGUGCAUUAACUUCUUCUCCGGGCUGAAUGAAAGCUGUACAAUCUCUCCUUUUUGUUCUAUUCGCUGUAUGAAGCACUUCCUCUCUGGCAGCGGAGACCUUCUUGUUCAUUUCCAUGGCUGCUUAAUAUUCUAUGUAUAUGUUUCUUCACAUAAAA